AUGGAAGAAAAGAAAAAGACUACAAAAGAGUUGGUUACAAAAAUUUUUAAGAACUAUAUUGAUGGUUGUUGUGACAAUGAAGAUUGAGUGAAUAUCUUUUGAAAAUCAACUAUCAAGAGAACGAACCCUGAGGCUGAAUCGGUUGACAAAGCACUAGCCCUUCAAACAGCUGUGAAGCUUAUUAAACAUAUCUCUUUAAAUGAGUACAUCCCAGAAAAAUGCCCUCCUUUACCUUUGUGGGGAGAUAGACUUGAUGAACUCCUUCAAAGUGAUGAUAGCACUUUUCUUAGUGAAAUUUCAAGAGUUUUCUGUAAUUUUGAAUCUCUUUCUUCAUCUUUCUAUCCCUUUCAGAGUGCUCACAGGAGAUUCAGUUUGGAUAACCAGACUAUAGACAUUGAUUUUAAUAGAUUAGACAAGAUUUAUCAAAGAAUUCUCAAAAUUUCUGAAGAAGAACAAGGAGUUUUCGAGAAGAUCAUGGAUGAAUCUAUUGACAAUAUUGCUGAUCAAUUUAUGAAGUUUGAUAAUAAAUCAAAGUUAGGUAAAAGAUAUUCCUAUCAAAUGGUCAGAAUAUUAGCAAUCUGGCUAAGCCAAGAGAUACUCUACGAACCUCAAUUUGGAGAAUUGAUCAAGAAAAUAGCUGAUACAUUCUUCCAUUUCGAGGAUCGGCAAUUUUGGGAAAGAGAUGUUGCCAUGAAUCUAUUUAAAAAUCUUACAAAAGAAAAAUUCUUAUGAUGCUUUAAAGUGAAUCAACAACAUUUGACAUUUACUUUGAUGAUGGAACCUGAUGAGGAAGAUACUGAAGAGCAAGAGAAGAUCAAAAAAUUAUUCCUGAUAAUGGACUUCUUUUAUUAUUCCUCAAGAAUGGUCAGACUCAAUUCCAUAAGCUUGAAAGAAUUUCAUAUUGAUGUAAUCAACAUUGAAUGGAAAGACAAACUUAAAGAUUUUUAUAUUGAUUGGUUUAACUGUAGAAGAGGACGCUUCAACAACGAGACAGAUAUUGACUUGGACCUUGAAGUCAAUGAGAUCGACAAAAGGACUUUCCAUAAGGUUCUAUUUAUCGAAUAUCCUUGGGCUUUUGAUGCUGCCAAUAAAGCAAGGCUGAUCAAUUAUGAUGGACAGAUCUCAAAGAAAAAGGAACUUCAUAAUUCACUUGAUAUUGCUUCCAUUUUACUAGGAGGGCUUAGUCCUUAUUUGAAGGUUUCAGUUAGAAGAGAUAACUUAAUUGAAGACUCAUUAAAUUCUUUAGUUAGUGCAGGAGCAAAUUUGAAAAAGCCACUUAAAGUUAAAUUUGCAGGAGAGCCAGGAGUUGAUGAAGGAGGAGUUCAGAAAGAAUUUUUCCAACUACUUGUGAAGCAAUUAUUCGAUGUAGGCUAUGGCAUGUUCGAAUACAAUAGCGAGUCUCAAUUAUUUUGGAUCAGUAGGAACUCUUUCGAGAUUCCUUUAAAAUUUGAAUUAGUGGGUAUCAUUCUUGGGUUAGCUAUUUAUAACAACCAUAUUCUUGAUAUUCAUCUGCCAUUAGCAUUUUAUAAGAAAUUACUUGGAAAGAGAGUUAAUUUGGAUGACUUUGAACAAUAUGAUCCCCAAGUUGGGAAAUCCUUGAGAGCCAUCCUUAAUUAUGACAAGGAGGACUUUGAAGAAGUCAUGAAUCUCACUUUCACUGUGGAUUAUGAUUCUUGGGGUGAAAAACUGUCUAAGGAGCUUGUUGAAAAUGGUUCAGAAAUCAAUGUGACUCUAGAGAAUAAAGAAGAAUAUAUUGACAAAUAUAUUCACUUUCUAAUGAAUGAGUCAGUUGAUAAAUAUUUUCGCAGUUUUAAAGAAGGGUUUGAGAAAUGAUGUGGUGGAGAAAUGCUUCCUCGGCUUGAGCCUGAGGACCUGGAAAUGAUCAUCUGUGGAUCUAAAGUACUUGAUUUCGAAAAAUUAAAGGAGGCCACUCGUUAUCAUGACGGAUAUAAUGAAAACUCAGAAACAAUCAAGUAUUUCUGGCAAGUAGUUAAUGAAUUUACAGAAGAAGAGAAGAAGAAAUUUUUAUUUUUUACAACAGGUUGUGAUAAAGCUCCAAUUAAUGGUCUUGGAGAACUGAGGCUAACAAUUAUCAGACAUGGAGAUAAUGAAGAAUUGCUGCCUUCAGCUCAUACUUGCUUUAAUCAUUUAUUGCUUCCUUGCUAUUCUUCUGCUGAAAAACUAAAAGAGAAGUUGUUGGUAGCUAUUAAUAACUCAGAAGGAUUUGGUUUGAUGUAA